AGUACUUUGCUUCAGGGAAGAAAGAGGCUGUUGCUGCUCUGGUAUAAAAUCACAUCCUGUUUUGGGUCUGAUCUCUGGUGCACACUGAGCCUCUGCAGACUAAGACUCAUCUUGUCAAUCAGCUGCAGCUGCCAGCAGACAAACACUGACGGGAACUGGGAGAAGAAGGUCCAAACUGGAAGGAGUGUGGUGGUCUAUAAUUGUAAAGUGUGACUGAGCUGCAGCUAAAACAUAACCAGACGUGAUGAUGUCCUUCAACAUGCUGCUGUGUGCUGUGGUUCUGGUUCUGGCUGUCUCUGUGGAGGCUGCUUUGUCAGGCGGCAACAACAACUACAACUAUGAUCUGUCGGGUCAGGCCCUGAGGAAUCUCUUCAACUCUCCGGUCUACAAAGCUGAGCGGGUCAUUCGUCCUCUGGGAUCCAGCUCAGCCGGCGUCGGUCCCUUCAGCCACAGUGGAGUCCUAGUGACGCUGGCUGAUAACUCUCAGCAUCUCAUCCAUAAAGGAAAUGGUUAUGGGAUAUCCUCUCAGACGGUGGUGACUGAUGCUCGACACAUGAGCCCUGCCUGGCAGGUGGACUCUUCCAAAAACUUCCAGGGAACAAAGACGGUGGCACACUUCGUCAAAACCGGAGGUUCCGACUACAACCUGUUAACUGAUAACUGCCACCAGGCAUCGAAACGGAUGAUGAACCAGUGAAUGGUUAUCUGACCUUCUUACUUCACCUGUUAAUAAACAGCUUUCUGUUCUACAUCUGAGAUUAUGGCUCCCUCGAGUGGAGACCUUCAGUGAUUACGGUACAGGUCAAUAAUUAGCUUUUUCUGCUGACUUUUUCCAUUUCUUUGUACCAGCAUAACUUUCAGAGGUCAACUUUCUUGUACUUUUUUUUGCAAACAUUUAACUCAUUAAUCAAAUGACGUCACAUUUUUUGUACUCAACAUGUUCUGCUU